UAAUCGAAAUCUGCGCUGUUGUCAACGAAAGAUAAACAUACUUCACGGGAAUAGGAAGAGCAGAAGAAGAAAGAUGGAUGGAAUGACACGGUGUCUAUUUGUGAUUGAUUUUGCCAUAUCGAUCUCGCAUAAUCUGCAAGCUUCAGAUUCAGACGUAUGUGCCAUUCCACAGCCCAUGCCAAGCGCCGAGUACACACGAUUUCUAGGUUUGGAUGAAACACAGUGCAUUUUAAAAGCAGAAAAUGUUGAAGAUCUUACUCCAAUCUGUAAAUCCACAUCAGGACAAAUAUUUUGGAAGCUAGCAUGUUUAUGUGCAGGAAUCCUACCGCAUAGUUAUCAAUGUGAAGACAAUUACACCAAACAUUGUUGCCACGAAAAUGUGGCAUGUUUUAAUGGCGGUAAACUGGAGGAGUCGAACUGUUCUGCUAAUCAUGUACCAACUUACAAAUGUAAAUGUCCAUCUGUAGUGGAUAGAGGACCCGAGUAUCAGGGAGAUCGGUGCCAGAAUAUUUUAGGUAUUCGGGAGUGUCAUCAUCUGCCCAACGGCAACUGGAGCUACAAUAGAUGUUCCGACGAAAAGGAUACCAACGCUCCAUGCAGCCAUAACAAUGAUACGUCAUAUAUAUGUGGGCCGGCUCGCCAAAACAAUGAAGGAAAAGAUUUUAAGGAGUGUAAAAGAAGAGAGGACAUUACUGUAAACACACCGGCACAACUGACCGAUAAUACGGGAAAUUCGAAAUUAAUAAUUGGUGUGACGAUCCCCAUAGUUUUUGUUGUUGGUGUUGUUGUUGGUGCAUUCUGUUUCCGACGAAGGUUAAGACGCAAGAGCAUGCAGCAACGGCGCAUUGACCAUUUGGAUGAGCAAGAUACUGGCAAUGUAAUAGAAGAGGACGACUUACAUAUGGUUGAGAGUUCACCGCCAGAACAGAGGCCAUUUCUUCGGCGUUCUGUUAGUAUGCCUGCCAACUGGUAAACUGAAAGUACAGAGGCCUGUGGCGAGUGAUGUUAGAUACCAUCAGGAAUCUGUUCUACUAUCAUAAGAGGCGAACUAUGGUAGUUUGUUCAAACAAUGAAAGCUGUCGUAUUGAGGAAGGGAAUGAACUGAAAUAGGAUGUGAUUCGACAUUGUGAAGUGAUCAUUAUUGACAUCUUUAAAUUUUGUACUGCUUUCUCAGCAUUUCGUUUUUGUAUGCGAGAAGAUUAGAUGUUCAAAAAGGCAGUGGUACGUUGAUUUUUUUGUUUGUUUUGUUCUCGUAACGCUUCUUGCACGUAUUACUGAGAACAUGAAUUUGGAAACAGCUUUUAAAUACAAAUGGAAACUUACUAAACCUGGUUUAGGAGCCUUCGAAUAAUUUAGUUUUUUUUCGUUUUAAAUGUUUCAAUUAAUGUUUACUGUUUGUGGAUAUGUUAAAUAUCUUACAGCAAUGUUAAACGUUUAGACACGUUAACUGAUACUAUUAUAUUUCUACGUUAAAAUGAUGCUAACACCAAUCAUUAUCAUACAAAACAACAGAAGACUGAAAAUAGGGCAAUCGUAACUUUUAUAAUAAUCAAAACAGGUCUUUAAAAUAUUCA